AGAAGAAUGAGUGACCAAAAAAUUGUUCUUGUGACCGGUUGUGCCAAAGGUGGCAUUGGCUAUGAAUAUUGCAAAGCAUUCGCGGAAAAAAAUUGCUACGUGAUAGCCUCGGACAUCUUAACGCGGAUGCAAGACAUGUUUGAUUUGGAGUAUGACAAAAACAUAGAGACACUCGAACUCGAUGUGUCAUCUCAUCAAAGCGCUACUUCAGCUAUAGAAACCAUUAUAUCAAAAUACGGACGUAUAGAUAUUCUAAUUAAUAACGCCGGAAUAGGUAGCACAGGUCCUUUAGCUGAAUUACCGCUUGAUACUAUUAGAAGAGCAUGGGAAAUUAACACAUUAGGACAAUUAAGAAUGGUGCAACAAGUAAUGCCACACAUGGCUAUGAAAAAAUGUGGAACCAUAGUUAAUGUUGGAAGUGUAGUUGGUCAAAUUUCAACACCAUGGGCAGGGUCAUAUUGUGCUACCAAAAGUGCGGUUCAUGCAAUCACAAAUACUUUGCGUUUAGAAUUAAAGCCAUUUGGGAUCAAUGUUGUUUUAGUUUUGCCUGGAUCCGUUAGAUCAAAUUUAGGGAAUGCUAAUUUGGAGAAAUUGGGUGAUUAUGGUAAUUGGAAACUUUACAAAGAUUUUAAAGAUGUUAUAGCUGAAAGAGCUAGAGCUUCUCAAGGUGAAAAAGCUAUGGAUGGUAGAGUUUUUGCUAGACAUGUUGUUAAUAAAGUUUUGGCAAUUAAACCACCGAAACAAAUUGUUUUUGGUCACAUGACUGGUUUGUUUGCAUUGCUUUCUUGGUCUCCCUUGUGGGUUAGAGACAUGUUUUUCUCGUCACGUUUUGGACUUAACAGAAAGGUUUGAGGAUUUGUAUGAUCGUUUUCUUUGUGAUCAAAACAUGUUCUUGUUCCACUGUUCACUGUUUGGGUCAAUGGAAUAAUAUGUACUAGUAUACUGUUUUGUAAUAUGUGACGUGACAAUAUCUUCUUGUCACUAUAGCUACUUAUUGUUUUAAUAAAAAGAA